CCAAAAGCCCAAUACGCAUCAUAUUGGCAUGGUCUUCGCACGAGCAAAACCACCAUACACAAUGAUGGCGUCUCAGCUCUCAAUGAUGAUCUGAAGCAAAACAUGAACAGCUUCUUCAAUCCCAGUAGACCAAGCCCGCGGCCAUGGCCGAACAGGAAGAAGCAAACCAACAAAUCCGCCAUUUGUAUUUGCUCCGUCUCUCUACUUGCUGUCUUGUUCGUAUUCGUCUUCUUCAUCACUUACUCCGAGAUACCCAAAUCCCUCUUCUCGAUCUCCGCCUUUUCUGGAUCCGUCCAAUUCCCUCAGUGCAGAUCCGAGAUACUAUCCCGAACUCUUCUAGGGCAGAGGUUUCUCUGGUACGCUCCCCACAGUGGAUUCAGCAAUCAGCUGUCAGAAUUUAAGAAUGCGGUUCUAAUGGCGGGAAUUCUCAAUCGGACUCUAAUCGUUCCUCCGGUUCUGGAUCAUCACGCCGUCGCUCUCGGUAGCUGUCCGAAAUUUAGGGUUUUGAGCCCGAGCGAGAUACGGGUCUCCGUUUGGAACCAUUCUAUUGAGCUUCUUAGGAGUGGCAGGUACGUUUCGAUUGCUGAUAUUGUAGACAUUUCGUCGCUGGUAUCUUCUUCGGCUGUUCGAGUCAUUGAUCUCAGGUUCUUCGCAUCUCUACUGUGUGGUGUUGACUUGGAGACUCUGUGCUCUGGUGAAUUAGCUGAACAGUCUCAGGCUUACGAAUCCCUGAAACAGUGUGGCUACUUGUUAUCUGGAGUUCGUGGUAACGUAGAUAAAUGUUUGUAUGCUGUGGAAGAAGAUUGCAGAACCACAGUUUGGACGUAUAGAAACGGAGAUUCUGAUGGAAGAUUAGAUUUCUUCCAGCCUGAUGAGAAGCUUAAGAAGAAGAAGAAGAAAAUGUCUUACGUGAGAAGGCGCCGAGAUGUGUUUAAGACUCUUGGACAUGGUACAGAAGCUGAGUCUGUAGCUAUUCUGGCGUUUGGGAGCCUCUUCACGGCUCCAUACAAAGGCUCAGAGCUUUAUAUCGAUAUCCAUAAAUCUUCAGAGAUGAAAUCUUUGAUUGAGAAGGUCGAUUUUCUUCCUUUUGUUCGAGAGAUAAUGAGCGCAGGGAAGAAAUAUGUCUCGGAAACAAUAAAGGCACCGUUUCUUUGCGCGCAGCUUAGACUGCUAGAUGGCCAGUUCAAGAAUCACAGGGAGAGCACGUUUAUGGGUUUAAACCAGAAGUUGGAGUCUUUGAGUGUGAAGAAUCCUGGUCCUGUUCAUGUGUUUGUAAUGACGGACCUUCCUGAAAGCAACUGGACCGGAACUUACUUGGGUGAUUUGUCUAAGAACUCUACAAAUUUUAAGCUCCAUUUCUUGAGGGAACAAGAUGAAGUAGUAGUGCGGACACAACAGGGGCUUGCUUCCGCUAGCCACGGCCAGAAAUUUGGGUCUAUUCCGAUGAGUAUGGACAAUAUAAAGAAGAUGCAGAAGCAUUGUUCUCCUCGUAAAGUAUCCAAUGUGCAGCUUUACAUAGAGGAAGCUGUUUGCAGCUGUGCUUCACUGGGUUUCGUUGGUACUGCAGGGUCGACAAUAGCUGAUAGUGUAGAGAUGAUGAGGAAAUCCAAUGCUUGUAGUAGUAGCAGU